UCUUUAAGAGGAAUCUGACGUCAGGUUGGGUCCGGAUAUCCUGGCUUUGCAGAGAGUAAUUUAAUCCUGAGCUGAGAUGAAAAAGAUCUGAGAGGCAAAGAGAGAGAGAGAGAGAGAGAAGCAGGAACCAUCCUAACAGCAGCAAAGCAGCAGAGCAAGAGAGAGAGAGAGAGAGUGCAAGCUCAGAGCUGUCACCUCACCCAACACAUCAGCUGCACCACAGCUCUUCAUCAGAGACGCACAGAGGUAGAGAGGGACCAUGUCUGUAGCAGGACUGAAGAAACAAUUCCACAAAGCCACACAGCGUGUGAGUGAAAAGGUUGGUGGUGCGGAAGGGACCAAACUCGAUGAGGACUUCAAAGAAAUGGAGAAAAAAGUGGACGUGACCAGCCGAGCAGUGAUGGAAAUCAUGACCAAAACAACAGAGUAUCUGCAACCCAACCCAGCCUCUAGAGCAAAACUGACCAUGAUCAACACAAUGUCCAAGAUUCGAGGACAGGAGAAAGGGCCAGGCUAUCCUCAGGCUGAGGGGCUGCUGGGAGAGAGCAUGGUGAAAUUUGGAAGAGAACUUGGAGAAGAAUCAAACUUUGGUCAGGCAUUAAUAGAUGCUGGCGAUUCUAUGAAGCAGCUCGCAGAAGUGAAAGAUGCUCUAGAUAUGGAAGUGAAACAGAAUUUUAUUGAUCCUCUACAAAACCUUCACGACAAGGAUCUGAAGGAAAUCCAGCAUCACCUGAAGAAACUGGAGGGCAGGCGGUUAGACUUUGACUACAAAAAGAAGAGACAGGGAAAAAUCCCAGAGGAAGAGAUUCGACAAGCACUGGAGAAGUUUGAUGAAUCGAAGGAAAUCGCUGAAUCGAGCAUGUUUAACCUUCUGGAGAGUGAUAUUGAGCAAGUCAGCCAACUUACAGCAUUGGUACAAGCCCAGGUAGAGUAUCAUAAGCAAGCUGGACAGAUCUACCAGGAACUCUCUGUCCAGUUGGAUCAGAGAAUGAGGGAGGUAGCAAAUCAUCCUCGAAGAGAAUACAAACCAAAGCCUCGCUUGACUUAUGAGUUUGCAGAAGAUCCACAACAGAAUGGUGGAGUAACUAACAGUGGACAAAAGACACCUGCAGGUACACCAUUGGAUCAGCCGUCCUGCAGGGCUGUGUAUGACUUUGAUCCAGAGAAUGAAGGAGAACUGGGAUUCAAGGAGGGAGAUAUCAUCACACUCACCAAUCAGAUCGAUGACAACUGGUAUGAAGGGAUGCUUCAGGGCCAGUCAGGAUUCUUCCCCAUCAACUAUGUACAGGUUUUGGUCCCUUUACCUCACUAGAGCAGCCAUUGUGACCCAGUCUGUCAUUCUAUUUGUGCCACUUUUUCAAUGAAUGAAGGCGGUACAUUUUUGUGGGAAUUGUCUAAUACAGUGACACAGUUUAUCACAGAAUUUCAUCAGUGUAAAAUCUUCAGUUUACAUGUAUUAAAAUCCUUAAGUAACUGUUGCACUUGGUUACAUUGGUAGUAAAUGUAAGAAGAAAUGUUGCUGUUUCCUUUCUCUUUUUUGGAUAUAUUUUGCAUAUUCUGCCCUCAGUGAGGACAAAGACAUUGCCACCAUGCUAAGCAAUACAAAGUUGAGUUUGUGGGUGUAAUAUGUGAAAGCUUUCUCCUGCUAUUCAAUCUAUUAAGUCUAUGUGCAUAGUGCUGCAUCUAGCUUACCUUAUUUUUGUAAAAGUAGUAAAGUUGUACAGCUUUGUUCUUGAGAAUAUAUUUAUCUAAACUUUAAAAAAGAGAGAAUAUAUGUGCUAUAUGAAUUGUUUUCUCCUAUCAGCGCUGAAUCUGAAAAAUACAUUGAUUUAAGAAAAAAAUGGAUUGCUCAAUGUGGUGAAUUCCAGUGUAUUAAAGAUGUUGCUCAGUCAAGUAAACUGUC